GGGAGACCCCCAACCUUCUUCCCUCUGCUGCUCUGUCAACCAUAUUAUUGCCCGCGAAAUCCCGGAGAGAGAGAGAGAGAGAGAGAGAGAGAGAGAGAGAGAGAGACCCCCAACCUUCCCUCUGCUGCAAGAAAAUAGAACUGAAAAUCACACGGAAAAAACACGAAAUCCAUCUAAUAACCGCUCAUCCAAAAAGGUUCCCACAAAUAAAUAGGCUUGAAAAUUUUGAAAAAAAAAAAAGUAUAGGGGCUUCUCUGUCCUCUUUCCUCUUCUUCUUCUCCUUCCUUCAAAUCUCUCUGUUUUGUUGCGAUAAAUAAAGAAACCAAUAAAAGAAAGAAGAAAAACAGAGAGAGGUGUUGGUGGGUGGGCAUUGCAUUAGGAUCCGACAACCGUCGGACCCACUCCCUCUUCCCGUGUCUCUCUCUCUCUCCACCGCCUCCCCUGCCGGUUGCCGUUGCCGAGGCACAAGACAGAUAGAUAGAGAGAGGAGAGAGAUUAAUAAUAAUAAUCAUCCUCGAGCCUCUUGAUCUUCCUCAUUCCUCCCUCUAUCAAUACGACUCUAUAGAGGUCAGAUGGAGAAGUAAAGCGUGCGGGUUUGUUGUUCAAUCUCUCCCCAGCAGUGCUCACACCAAUCUUGAUCUACUCUUAAAUGGCUUUUAUUUACCAAUUACAACGGUGACCUUGGCAUCUAUAUGAAGAAAAUUUCCACUCUCAAGAUCUGCAAAAACCAAAUAAAUUACUAUGGGCACUUGUCUAUCCACGCCACCGCACGCAAUCAAACCACGAAGGAAAUAUCACCAUCGGGCGAGAAAGAGGCAUGGCAAGCUUUCUAAGUUUGCUCCGGAUGGGACAAGGAAAGGGAACAGCGGGACUCUUAUAGCAGAUUUUGCUGUUAGUGAGUUUGUACAAACAACCACCACCUGCAGAAGAUCUGAGGUUGCCAAUUCAACAUUCCAUCUCACCCAGAUGGAAUGGCACCACAGUCAGGUUGAUGCUAAUGUUAUUUGCCAAGAGGAAGCAUGGUUUGACUCCGUCAGUAUUCUGGAGUCCGAUUCAGAUGACGAAUUCAGUAGUGUGCAUGGAGACUCGUUUCCUAGAAUUUCAACAGGCCAGGUGAUUCAGUAUGAAACUUCUUCGUGCUUUGUGGACAACAAGUUGUUCAAAGGGUACCACGAAACAUAUCUCAAAAUAGAUGGGGCUAAGACAGGCAAGUUUCUGAGCAAAGAUGGAUUCAAGGACUCUAACGGGUUUGCACUUAUGAGUGCCCAAGGUUAUGAACUUGCGUGCUUUGGAAAGGCUGAAGAAUUUUCGACCAAGAGCAAGAAAAUGUUGGAUCGAUCAUACGGAAGCUUUAACUGUCUAAAUCAGGACAGAAAUGAUUUUGAAGACAGAACACAAGAGAAUCUUUUGAAGUCUGGCUUACCUAGGCUAGUUCCUUCUUUAAGCUUCAAUGACAAAAUUGUUAAUGCAACAAGUCUGGCUCAACACUCCAAGAAAAGGAAAUCCACUGUUAUCAGGCUUUCGUUCAAGAGGACAUCUGUUGAUGGGGAUGAGUCUAAUGGAUACUGUGCGUCAAAAAGAAUUCUGAUUCGUCCUAGGGCGGGGCUCCUGAUUCCAUGUUGCAAUGAAGAGAAGCCAACUCCAGGAUGUUGGUCUGAGAUUGGACCCUCGAAUUUUAAGCUUCGUGGCGAUAGUUAUUUUAGAGAUAAGCGGAAAUUGCCUGCUACAAAUUGCACUCCUUACAACCCAAUUGGUGUUGAUUUAUUUGUGAGCACGAGAAAGGUUAAUCACAUUGCCCAACACCUAGAGCUUCCUCCUGUCAAAGAAGAUGGGAUACUGCCAGCACUCUUAAUUGUCAACAUUCAGUUGCCUAGCUAUCCUGCCCCAAUGUUUCUUGGCGAUAGCGACGGGGAAGGCUUGAGUCUUGUUCUUUAUUUCAAGCUCUCUGAGACUUUUGAGAAAGAUGUCUCUCCUCAAUUUCUGGACAGCAUCAAGAGAUUGAUUGAAGAUGACAUGGAAAAGGUUAAAGGGUUUGCAAAAGAAACCACUGUUCCAUACAGAGAAAGGCUAAAGAUCAUGGUUGGGGUGUCCAAUCCAGAUGAACUUGCAUCAAGUUCUACUGAAAAGAAGCUUUUGCAUGCUUACAAUGAGAAGCCAGUCCUUUCGCGUCCUCAACACAGCUUCUAUCAGGGCCCCGGUUACUUUGAGGUUGACCUCGACAUUCAUCGAUUCAGCUACAUAGCGAGGAAGGGGCUCGAAGCAUUCCGAGAGCGUUUACGAAAUGGGAUACUUGAUCUCGGGCUAACAAUCCAGGCACAGAAACCAGAAGAACUGCCGGAGAAAGUCCUCUGCUGUGUGAGACUAAACAAGAUUGACUUUGUUAAUCGUGGCCAAAUUCCGACUAUAGUGACUAUUGAUGAUGAUUGAUCGGCGAUCAGAGUCUGCAACACCCUUGUGUGGGAGGACCGAGUUGUUGAUUAUAUGCACAGUUGGAUUCCCUGCAAUUCCCAUUCCAAUGAGGGGAGAGAGAGAGAGAGAGAGAGAGAGAGAGAGAGAGAAAUUGUUGUAUAUAGUAUAUAUAUAUAAAUAAACGUUCUUUCAUGCUUAACAUUCAAAAUCGUGCUUGCAUUGAAAUGCUUUACUGUUAUAUAUGGUAUCUGCAGUUAACUC